UCUCAAAUCCCAUCAAACCAAUAUUACUCUAUAAAUCCCUGAAUUCAAAAUGGGCGACGCCGGUCCUUCGACAGAGGAGACUUUUCAAGAGCCUACUCAAGGAAUUCCAUUAGCUCGCUCCACAGGACUUAUGCUAAUCCUCGAUACUCCCAAAGGCCGAGGAGUAUUUGCCUCUAGAGACAUUCCAGCCCGUAGCGUGCUAGAAGUAUGUCCUGUAUUAGUUUUAGAUCCCAGUGAGAAUGAAAAUCACAUAAAAAAGACGGAAUUGUAUCAUUAUACGUAUAACUGGCCAUAUAAACCCAAGAGUUCAAAUGAGGGCUCAAAUGGCACGACAAAACCACCUACCACCACCCAAGCCGUGAUACUUGGGCUAGGUAGUAUGUUUAAUCAUUCAACAUUACAUCAAAAUGUUGGAUGGGAAAGAGAUGUUCAUAAUCUUCUUAUAACCUAUACUGCACUAAGGGAUAUCAAAGAAGGAGAAGAAUUAUGCAUCUCAUACGGAUCAAGGUUGACAUUCAAGGACACUGAGGCAGAUGCGCUGAAUGAAGUUGAGGACGAGAAUGAAUUAUUAAGUAGAAUUGAGUUGAUUGAUUGA